AAGACACCAUGGCUCUCUGUCAGUGGUGCUCUCUUUCACACACCUUUACACACACCAGACCUCCUCUCUCAUGAGAGGAAACCUUUACUAUAGCCACCUCCACCACUAAGUUCAAACCACACACUGAGGAUGACGCUGUGUUUUAAUUUAUCGGUGAUUCUCUGUGUCCUGCAAAUCCUCUCCAUCACAGCUGAUAUAGAUACUGGCAGCUUCUUGAUCUUCAACCAGGACCACAACAAGUGUAUCAAGGUGGAGAGUGCCACCUCAAUAACACUUGCCCCAUGCAAUUAUCAUGCCAAGGAGCAGCAGUUUCGCUGGGCUUCCGAGUCUCGACUCCUCAGUCUGUCCUUAAAGUUGUGCCUUGCUGCCACAGAGAUAACAGACUGGGUGAAGGUGGUUCUGUUUGAAUGUGAUGAAAAUAGUAAUCUUCAGCACUGGCAAUGCAAGAACGAGACUCUCUUUGGCUUAAAAGACAUGGACCUGCACCUAAACUGGGGCAACCGCAAUGAAAGGAAUGUAAUGAUCUACAAAGGUUCAGGAGUGUGGAGUCGCUGGAGGAUAUACGGCACUAUGGAUGACCUUUGUUCAAAGGGGUUUCAAGAUAUUUUUACAAUAGGAGGCAAUUCUUUUGGAGUCCCCUGUCAGUUCCCAUUUAAGUUCCUCGAGAAGUGGUAUGCUGAAUGCACAGUUGAAGGCCGCACAGAUAAACUGCUGUGGUGUGCCACGGAGAGAGAUUACGACACCCAGAAGAAGUGGGGAUUUUGCCCAACCAAAGGAUCCACCGGCUGGGACACUGACCCAGUCACAGGGGUUCAGUAUCAGAGAAAUCCACAGGCAGCGCUGACCUGGUAUCAGGCCAGGAAGAGCUGCCAGCAGCAGGGAGGUGACCUCCUCAGCAUCGUAGAGCUACAUGAACAGUCAUACAUCUCAGGCUUGACAAAUCAUUUGGGAAUACCGCUGUGGAUUGGGAUAAACAGUUUGGAUUUUGAGAGCGGAUGGCAAUGGAGCAACGGGAACCCAUUCAGAUAUUUAAACUGGGCCCCAGGUCAUCCCUCCACAGAGCCUGGGCUCACCUGUGCAUCUCUAAAUCCUGCAAAAGCCUCAAAAUGGGAGAGCAAUGACUGCAAUAAGAAAUUUGGUUACAUUUGUCGUAAAGGAAAUUCUACCAUUCUGCCACCAGCACCAAUUAAAGGGCCAAAUUUCUGCCCCAGCCACUGGGUUCCCUAUGCAGGAAACUGUUACUUUCUGGAGAGGACUAAAAAGAUGUGGAGCGAUGCCUUGGCUGCAUGUCGCAAAGAGGAAGGCGAUUUGGCCAGCAUACAUAAUAUAGAAGAGCAGAGUUUCAUCAUAUCUCAGACUGGAUACUUGCCGACCGAUGUGCUCUGGAUUGGACUGAACGAUCAGAGGAACCAGAUGCUGUUUGAAUGGUCUGAUCACUCCCCAGUCACCUUCACCCUGUGGCAGAGUGAUGAACCUUCUCAUGCCACCAACCACCAGGAAGACUGUGUCCUCAUUCGAGGGAAGGAUGGUAAGUGGGCAGAUCACUCAUGUGACAAGACGUACGGGUAUAUUUGUAAGAAGAAAGGUUCAACUAAACCAUCUGAAGGUGCCCACGAGGAAGCCAACCCAGGAUGCCAGCUUGGCUCCAAAAGGUUUGGUUCAUAUUGUUAUAAUAUUGGAGACGUGACAAAAACUUUUGAGGAGGCAGAACAGGCAUGCUCAGAGGCUGGUGGGAAUCUGGUGGAUGUGGCUGACAGAUAUGAGAAUGCUUUCCUGGUCAGUUUGGUGGGUUUGAGACCAGAGAAGUAUUUCUGGACAGGCUUUUCCAACACAGAAAACAGAAACAAUUUUCUUUGGACAACCAAAAGAAAGGUCACCUUCACUAAUUUCAAUGUGGGCAUGCCAGACAGAAAACAAGGAUGCGUUGCAAUGACAACUGGGACUUUUGCUGGAUUAUGGGAUGUUAUCAGUUGCAGCAACAAGGAGAAGUAUAUUUGCAAGAAGAAAGCAGAGGGAGUGCCAAUGACAACAGUUCCCCCAAUCACUGUGGCCCUGGGCUGUGCAUCCGGUUGGACCCCCGUUACAAAGAGAAAUAUCUGCUACAAGCUUUACAAGAAAAAAGGAGACCGUAAGAAGGAGUGGCAAGAUGCAGAGGACUUCUGCAAGGUCAUUGGUGGAAACCUGAUGAGCAUCCACAAUAGAGAUGACCUGGUACCUUUCCUGAUCCAAAACCCUGAGCCAACCUGGAUAGGCCUCAGACUGCAGGGUCCCAAUGAAGGUUUUGCUUGGAGUGAUGGCUCGCCUUUUGGCUAUGAGAACUGGGGCUUUGGCGAGCCAAACAACCACAAUAAUGCCGAACACUGCACAGAAAUCCUUGCUUCCUACAGCAUGCCCUGGAAUGAUUGUCACUGUGAGUCGUUAAACAACUGGAUCUGCCAGAUACCCAAAGGGGAGACUCCCAAACCUGAGCCUGCCGAUGUUGUAGAAGUAUUCAAUACGACAGACGAUGGAUGGCUCAUGUACAACGAUUCUCACUACUACAUCAACAAUGACAACUUACCGAUGGAAGCUGCCAGAGCUUAUUGCAAAAAGAACUUUGGUGAUCUUGCAGUCAUCACAGCAGAAAGUGAGAGAAAGUUCCUCUGGAAACAAAUCAUAAAAAGUUCUGGAAGAGCGUUCUACAUUGGCCUGAUAGUAAAUUUGGAUAAGUCAUUCAGCUGGAUGGAUGGGACUCCAGUAACAUAUACAUCAUGGGCUGGCAAUGAGCCCAACUUUGCUAAUAAUGAUGAAAAUUGUGUGACUAUGUACAAGGGCCUGGGCUACUGGAAUGACAUUAAUUGUGGUCUUGAGCUUCCAUCUAUAUGCAAAAGAAGCAGUGGCUUUUUCAACACAACAAUGGCACCAACUACAGUUCCUAAAGGAGGAUGUGCACCAGAAUGGCUUGCUUUUCAUGGAAAGUGCUACAAAUUCUUUGUGGGAAAUGAAAAUAAGAACUGGCAGGAUGCCAGGACACACUGCAUACAAGAGGGAGGAAAUCUAGUGUCUAUCGUCAGUGAUAAAGAACAAGCAUUCCUAACGACACAGAUGUUGCUCCACAACGAUGACAUGUGGAUUGGCAUGAAUGAUAUCAACUGGGAAAUGCACUUUCUGUGGACAGAUGGCAAAGGUGUUUCAUACACCAACUGGGCCAAAGGGCACCCCACAAUGGCACCUGAUGGGCGUUAUUUCAUGGAUGAGGUGUUUGACUGUGUGCUUAUGGUAGGCAGCAGCACCAAAUUAAAAGGACAAUGGAAGGUGGAGGACUGUGGCUCCAAGCGUGGCUUCAUCUGUAAAAGAAAAGUUGAUUCCCAGAUUAUAGUCCCACCCACGACUUCAUCACCAAAGGCAUUUUACAAUUUUGGCAAUGACUCUUACAAACUGGUGACCCAGAAGAUGAAAUGGGACGAAGCUAGAAGAGAGUGUCAAGCAGAUGAUGCAGAUCUGGCCAGCAUCCUGAACCCUGUAACCCAGGCAUACAUCACCUUGCAGAUUUCCAAGUACAAUGAGCCUGUGUGGAUUGGCCUCAACAACAAUGUGACUGGUGGCCGCUUCAAGUGGGUUGAUAACUGGCUUCUUUCUUUCACCAAAUGGGGAAAAAAUGAGCCUAAAAGCAACUAUGGCUGCGUGUAUAUAGAUGUGGACGAAACAUGGAAGACUGCACCAUGCACCAGUAACUACUAUUCCAUAUGCAAAAGGUCCCCAGACAUAGCUCCCACUGAACCACCACAGCUUCCUGGGCACUGUCCAGAGUCAAAAAAGCUAAGAGCUUGGAUGCCAUUCAGAGGCCAUUGUUACCACUUCCACAUCUCAGGGGUAGACAACUGGGCCCAUGCCUCAGUUGAAUGUCUGAAAAUGGGUGCUUCUCUUUUGAGUAUUGAGGACCCUACUGAGGGUAGGUUCAUACAGCAGAACCUAGAGAUUCUGCAGGAUGGUGCCAAAACUUUCUGGAUUGGUCUCUACAAGUCCCACGAUGGUAACUGGAUGUGGAUUGAUAACAGCGUUGUGGAUUACACCAACUGGAAAAAAGAUAUGCCAAAGUCAGACUCAUGCGUCGACAUCCAUUCUGACAGUGGACAGUGGAGUACAAACAGCUGCAGUAGAUAUAGGUCUUACAUAUGCAAAACACCAAAAAUUUUUACACCCACUGAAAAGCCUCAACCUGCUGCUCACAUUGCUACAGAAGCUUCAAAUGGGUCUACUGGUAUCACAGUGGCAGUAGUGCUUAUUUUAAUUGCGGUAGCUGGACUUGGAGCCUUUGUCCUUUUCCGUAAACGUAUACCUACACCUGUCCUAGGAGCGGGCACCUUUGACAACAUGUUAUACUUCAACAAUCCAAACAGAGUUCCAGUGGAUGCUAAAGGCUUGGUGGCUAACAUAGAGAAUAAUGAGCAGGCAUAGACCAAACAUGAGCAGCACUAUUAAAAUUAUAUAAUCAGAUAUUUCAUACUUUUGAUCACUACAUGAAACAGGGUAUCAGAGAAAACCCUCUAAUGACAAAUAAUUUGGGAAAAAACCGCAUCCUGAAAGAAAUCGACAGAGUCUGUCCUCAUCCUGCCUCCAAACGUCCCAAAUACAAAUCUGAUGGGAUCUGAUGGUGUCUGUUGGAAACAGAUGUUCAACCCAGAAAUACCCUACAUCCCACAACCCACAGAGCCUAGGGAAUAUUUAUUGUUAACGUCCUGUUACCUUCAGACACUCCAGUACACGUUCAUAUGUUUUUUGUCAAUGCCUUGACUGAUAAGAGCAUAUAUGGUGGCAUAAGGAGGACUUGUUCCAUAUAGGCAGGUGGUUGUAAUGUUUAGUGUAUGUCGCAAUGCUACCAUUGGCACUGCACUUAGUGAAAAAGGCACAAAAGUGUAAAUGAACAAUUAAAAACAAAUUAAAUAUAAUAAUGUGCUUCAUAAAAUGUAUAUAAAUAUUUUCAAUUCUGCAAAUCAGUGUAACCAAGAAUAUUUACAUGUUAAAAAUGGGGGGAUUUUUUUUUUUUUUUAUGUAAAUUGACAGAUCUCCUUCAGCUGUGGUGCAGGAUAUUCCUUCUUUAUUAUAUUGUAAAUAGACAUUAAAUAAAUUAAAAUGAAUUA